GUGCUCGGCAAUAAUUUGACAGCACACCGCAAUCCUUGCUUUGCUUUUCAUCAAAUGCGCAACAACACUUAUCCCUCUAUUCGACAGGAUCGAUCUGGCCUCAGUGUUCUUUCAGAAUCAUUUCCCACUAAAAACCUUGGCUCUGAGAAAGAAGUCAUGGAGGCAGAAACUAGUCGCCUUCUCAAUCGAUGGUCUCUUUCCGGCACAACGGCUUUGGUCACUGGAGGCUCCAAAGGCAUCGGACAUGCUAUUGUGGAAGAACUAGCUAGAUUUGGAUCAGCGGUCCAUACUUGCUCCCGCCAUGAAGCAGAGCUCCAAGAGUGUGUGCAGAAAUGGAGAGGCUGUGGACUCCAAGUAACUGGGUCAGUGUGCGACGUGUCAUCCCCGGCUGAGAGAGAGAAGCUGAUGAAGGAAGUCGACUCCAUCUUCGGAGGGAAGCUCAAUAUUCUGGUUAACAAUGCAGCGUUCGGUUAUCGGAAGCCUGCUCUUGAAGUGACUCUGGAGGAGUAUGAGCUCACUGUGCGCACCAACUUAGACGCAGGUUUCCAUCUGAGCCAGCUCGCUUACCCUCUUCUCAAGGCUUCAGGAAGCGGUAGCAUUGUUUUUAUCUCCUCCACCGCUAGUCUUCUAGGAAUCGAUACGCUCUCUGUGUACGGAGCAACCAAAGGAGCGAUAAAUCAAUUGACGAGAAGCCUUGCUUGCGAGUGGGCGAAAGACAACAUCAGAGCCAAUUGUGUGGUUCCAGGUCUCAUCAAAACCCCCCUCUCUCAGUGGCUAGUUGGGAAGGAAGAGUUUAAAGCUGUGUGUGCUCGAAGUAUUCCCAUUGGACGUGUGGGAGAGCCAGAAGAGGUGGCAGCCCUGGUCACUUUCCUCUGUCUCCCGACGUCGUCCUACAUCAAUGGUCAAGUCAUUAAUGCAGAUGGUGGCGUAUCAAUCAACGGUAACGCAAGAUGAUCCGUUCCCUGCGUAUAUGCCCAUCCUAAAUAGUUAAAUUGCAAGCUUAAUUAUCGUUGUCGAGUGUGAUAUUCCAUGUGUGUGCCACGUGGAUUCAAUAAAAAUAUUGAGUUUAAUUAA